AUGUCUCCUUAUUGCUCUUACAAUUUUCUUAUUGCAGCACGAUAUAUUGAACUAUUAGAAUUAGUGGAGCAGAGGAACGGAAGCAGAAUCGCUCCGGAAGGAUCCGUGAACUGUGCAAUUAAUAGAGGUGAAAGUUACACUACAAAUUCUUAUAUAUCAAACCAAACAGGAAGCCACCAGAUCUUGAGUUGGAGGGUCUUUUCAAGCGGCACUUCACCACCGUCGAAUUCUUUCAGGGAACCAUCAUGA